AUGACGUCUGUGCGCACGCGCUCUUCAUCCCCCAAAACGGUGUCGUUUUCACCUGUUCUCGAAAGGAAGUACAGUGUUUCGAAGCUGCCGCCAGAGAGACCAGAAUUAUCCUCGUCUGAUUGGAGGAGAUAUUUCAAUGAUUUCAGUUCCUACCUAGAUGCCCUGCUAGCUGAUCUUCAGAACUCAAUAAAUCCUGGUAGAGUGAGCAGUCCGGGAAGAACCACGUCGCCUGGAGGAAGAACAGCUUCGCCAGGUCGAACCUCUUCUCCGUUGGGUAGAGGCAGUUCUCCGGGCAGCCUCAGCUCCCCAACCUCAACUGGUUAUGGUUCCAUCAAUGGCUCGAGGAACAUCAGCUCGGAUUACGCCAAACCCGCUUCCCCGACCUAUCAGAACACAACAUCUGUUCACGAAAAGAAGUUCACGAAUUUCACCAACUCCCCGGCGUACACGCCACAAGCCACCAGCCACACUCAUAGCCACAUCCACAGUCAAAGCCAUAGCCACAGCCAGCCCCAGCCAGGCUAUGGCCGGACCGGUAGGAACCUGUCUGAACUCGACACCCUCUUGGACGACCUGAGCAACGCCAGAUACGGCAACUAUGUGGACAAGUCAUACAACACUUUGCAAACUGAGAGAAAUGAUAGCUAUUCUCGUACCAAUGGUGCCACAAGCCCUUCGUCCAGGCCGACUGUGGACUCCUUACUGGAUCAACUCAGCACUGACGUCACUAAUGGGUGA